CAUUAAUACGCUGACCCCGGUUUUCUGUACGUAUAAAUCUCAUCAUCCUCCCCUUCACCCAUCAUCUGCCGAUUCAGGAAACAGCACAAAUGGGUUCCAAUUAUGGAAGGGAACUUAAGUUGGAUUUGACCAGUGCCGAUUCUGUUCUUCCUAAGAUGACUGUUUCUGAUUGUCUGGCGGCGCCGGAAGCGUCUGAUGACAUUUCCUCAAAAUUAUCGCAGCUCAACUGCUUUCUUCACGCUUUAGGAGAAGAGUCUGCAAAGAUCCAAGCUUUCAAACGUGAACUCCCUUUAUCCAUGCUGAUUAUCAGUCAUGCGAUCGAGAAGCUGAAAGAAGAAGCUAUGGAGCUGAAGGGGAAAGAAAACGAUUCAGCGGUGGAGGAGGGGUUUCAGGCAUCGGUAAAACGUGAUCCUGGGGAUGAAGAAGCAGGGGCAGAAAGGUCAAUUGACGAUCACAAGAAGAACUGGAUGAGCUCUGUAACGCUCUGGGACAGGCCUGUUUCUGAGUGCCACUUUCCGAACGGGAAAUCAGACGAUGGCGAUCGGUUCCGACCAGUGGAAUUGAAGAAGGAAGGCGGGGCGUUUCGUCCUUACAAGAAAACAGAGGCGAAGGACAUGGAAAAGGUUCUUGAUUUACCAGUAUAUGAAAAAGCAGGAGAAGGGUCCUCCUCCAUUGAUGUUUGGGGUCAUGAAACUGGAAUCGGAAUGAAUUUCUCACCUCAGAGAAGGAAAAAACGGCGGUGUUGGUCGCCGGAGCUUCAUCGGCGAUUCGUCGACGCUCUUCACCGGCUCGGCGGUGCACAUGCCGCCACACCAAAGCAGAUAAUUGAUAUAAUGCGAGUUGAUGGGUUGACAAAUGACGAGGUCAAAAGCCAUCUUCAGAAAUAUAGACUCAAUGUUAAAAAGCUACCCGCUUGGCGAUCAUCAUCAAGCCCAUCAAAUCUGAUAACGGCCCAAUAUCACUCUGUUGGAGGUCCACUUCACUUGAGCUCUUGUGCCAGGGAUAUCUCCCUCUCUCUUACCAGCAUCCAAGAAGAAGAAGAGGUAUCUCAGAGUAGCUGUGAAACCAGGACAUUUAUAGUUGCAUAGGCUGAUAGAGAAAUUCUGACUCUUUUGAAGGGCUCCUACUUUUGGAAGUCUAUGUUUCAUGUAAAUUGAUCUUUCUAUGGAGUAUGGCCUUAAUACCUCUGAGAUGAGGUGGAUCUGUGAAAUACAAAUUGAUAUGGGCCGAAGAAUAAUUAUAUUAGAUUUAAACAUUAGUGAAAAUGUGUGAUAGAUCAUGCAUGAAAAAAGAAAAAAAAU